UUCGUGAAGGAAAUACCUUUGGUGCUGUAGCAUUUUCUUCCUAUGGAGGAUUUUGGCUUAGUUUUGGAGCAAUUCAUAUAGCUGCUUUUAAUUUUCUCGUUGGUUAUAAGGACAUAUCCGUUUUGAAUAAUGCAUUAGGUGUUUUUUUUCUUUCAUGGGCAAUAUUUACAGGAUUGAUGACCUUAUCUUGUCUACGUACUAAUCUUAUUACUAUUGGUCUAUUUUUUUCUCUUUUUCUAUGUUUUGUUUUAUUAUCAAGCAGUAAAUUUUUACAAAGUCAUCAAAAUUUACAACGAGCAUCCGGAGCAUUUGGUCUUCUUUCAGCAACGUUUGCUUGGUAUUCAGCUUUUGCACAUUUACUCAACAAGAGCGAUUGGUUUUUUAAAUUGCCUCUUUUUGAAAUAUUACAUAAGAAACAUGAAGAAGCGAGCAUUAUACUAACACAAUUAUAA